UCUAGCAAGCAGGACUGCCAGAUGUGAAGGGGAAAUCCCCAAUAAAUUGUUGCAUGUGACUGAUGAUGUGAGCAUGUUCGUUUCAUAAUAAAAAUGUUGCCAGGUAACCAAAAAGUCGUAUGUUUUUGUGCGAAUUACGAUCAUAAUCUUUACGAUCGUACAUUAAAAAAUAGACAAAUAAUAGUAUGAGUACGAUUUAAAUCGUAUAUCUGUCAACCCUGCUAGCAAGACAGCGACAAAAUCACGUUGCAUAACAAUGUAGCCCAAGCUUAUAUCUUAUGAAAUAUACGGAAGAGAUACGGACUUAGAAAAAACAGAAAUGUUGUUCUUUGUGGAAGUCAUUGAUGAAAUUCUAUGUAUUUUAGCCCGCAAACUUUCUUCAAACAAAAACAGCGCCAUCUAGUAUCGAGUUCUGUAAUUAUCUCUUUGUUUAUGGAUUUGAAGUAAGACCGCCACGCAUGCAAUACAUUAUGACUGGGGAUUCCCCUAUUCGUCGACGCUGAAUAUGAGGCGACGACAAUCACUGUCAAACGUGUUCACUAUUACUCUGACUCUGGUAACGUGACUUCCUGGUAACGUGUUAGGUAGGAAAAGCAGUAAAAAAGUGCAUAUUAAGGGAGCAGAUUUGAAAUAAUAUUUAUACUUAACAAGAAAUAAUUAAAGGUUCAAUGGGGAGACCUAAAGAUUUACGCAUAUGGGAGCACUACCGUACUUUACCAAACAAGUCUGUUUCUUGCAAGCUUUGUAAUAAGGUCUACAAAUUCAGUAAUGCUGCCAAAAUGCUUCAACAUCUUAUCACUUGUCCAAAAUCUCCAGAAACAUUAAAAGACUCUAUGAAACUUAUAAAAGAUAGCUCGUCCAAAACCAAAAUGUCUGGACUGUCAGAGAUAGAGACAAAUGAUUCUUUUAUAAGCCCCUCGUCGUCUGCUAACACUACAAUAAAUGCUGAGUUUCAAGACACCGAUGAUCAUAUAAAAACAGAAUUAGCGAGAGCUAUAUUUGUAACAGGGACGCCAUUAUCGAUGGUGCAACAUCCUUUAUGGAUACAAUUUUUCGAAAAAUUGCAACCAAAAUUUAAAAUACCUUCACGUAAAGCUUUAGCGACAAAAUACUUAGAUAAAAUAUAUAGAGAAAUGCGUUUUGAGUUAAAUGAGGAACUAAAUGCUUGUAGUUACUUACACCUUCAGUGCGAUGGCUGGUCUAAUUUAAGAAAUGAAGGAAUAAUAAACUUUCUUAUAUCAAAACCUCAACCUGCAUACGUUAAAAGUUUGAAUACAGAAAGUAAUCCUCACACUAGUGAAUACCUUAGCCAAGAAGUUGAAAAAGUAAUGAAAGUGUAUGGAGCAAAUAAGUUUCUUGUACUUAUUGGCGAUAACGCUAGAAAUAUACAAAAGGCAUUCGAAUUAACAAAACUCAAAUAUCCACAUGUUGUUCCUCUCGGUUGCUGUGCACAUAUCCUUAACUUGUUGUGCCAAGAUAUUGUAAAGAUACAAGAAGUAACUGUGUUUAUUAUGCAAGCCAUAAAUAUAAUAAAAACUGUUAAAAGGAGUCAACGAUUAAGUUCCUUGUUGAUAAAAUCAAGGCAGGGUGAAGAUUCUACACAAACACUAAAAUUGCCUUGUGCUACAAGAUGGGGAAGUCAUGUUACUUCGUUAAAAAGUUUGAAAGCAAAUAAGAUAGCUUUGCAAAUAUUAACAGUUAGAGAAGAUGUGGUAAUUUCAAGAGAUAUUAAAGAUUUAAUUCUAAGUGAUGAUUUCUGGACGAAGACAGGGGAAUGUAUAAGUAUUUUGGAACCAGUCACUGAAAGCAUAUUUUACUUAGAGAGCGACCAGAAUCGUUUGCAUCGCACAUACAUUACAUUUAGAGAUGUACAAGCUAAGAUACGUUUUGCAUUAAAUGAGAUUUCGACAUUGAGCGAAGAAAGCAAACAGCAGAUUCUAACAUCAGUAUCUUCAAGAUGCAAUAUGGCAAUGAGGCCAAUACAUUUUGCAGCAUAUAUUCUAGACCCCAGGACUCUAGGAGUCGAACUUACUCAAGAGGAAGAACUUAAGGGUAUGGAGUUUAUCUACAAUUUAAGCCAACACUUAAGUUUGUCAAAUGUAAUGGCAGAUUUGGCGUGUUAUAAAGCUAAAGAAAACUUUUGGGCCAGAGGAUUUGUAUGGAGCUCAUUAGAUAGCAUUGAGCCCCUAAUAUGGUGGAAAGGUAUUUGUGGUUCCACUGAGUUAAGCAAAGUAGCGAUUCGUAUUCUAUCAGCUCCCUGUACUUCGGCAGCCACUGAGCGUUCCUUUAGUAUCCAAGGCUACAUACAUAAUAACAAAAGAAAUCGACUUACAACUGAAAGAACUGAAAAAAUUUCAUUCAUUUGUUAUAACUGGAAUCUUAAACAUAAAGCUGAAUGCGAGGACAUUCAGUUUAAUGAAGAAAAUACCUUAGAAGCUUUCAUUGAGCAAGUAAAUGAACAUAACAGUUUAGACGAAAUAGAGCCUAUCGAACCUAUACAAUUCAUCGCUUGUAAUAACUCUGAAUCUGACAGUGAUUGACUGUAGUUUUACAUUUUACUUUCAUCUCUUUCUUAAUAAACUCAAAAUCAAAUUAAAAGUUUUUUAUUCUGUAGGCUGCAUAAUAAUAUUGUCUAUGUCCAGUAUAGUGGACGUCUUGCGGCUGAGAUGACGAUGAUGAAGUACAAAAUCAUAAACACCCAAAAAUUUGGGUGUUUAUGGGGUUUAAACCCAAUAAACCCAAAACACCCGGUUUUUACCCACCAGACUUUAAACCCACCCAGGUGGAUUGCCCAUCUC